CAGAUUUAUUAGCUUGCACACACAGAGAGAAAUUCAUUCGGCAAAGUUCAUUCAUAAAAAUUUCAACACGCUGCGUAUCAUCCUGCACAUCUCAGCUUUCGGCUGCAAAUGGGCUUCUGAAAAAAGCUCCGAGAGGAGUCCAGGAGGGAGGGAAGCUCUGAGCGAGGGUAGGCAGGCUGGGAGGGGAUCUGAGGAACACGGACCCAUCACAAGUCAGUGAAACAAUGCGGAGCAGCGCCCGUCAGUAGUACUCCUGGCUGGUGGCCCAGAACGAUGCAAGACAAGAUCUUCCAAGAGAGGGCAGCCUUCGGAAUCAACGAACCCAGGCAGAAGGGCCUUUGGCUCAUAGAUACAAUUUUUUUUUUUCUUUUUAAAUGAACAAUCACUGGAACAAAUAAAGGGUUAAUAGGCCAGUCAUUUGCCCCGCCCUGUGGGAGCCGAAGGGAGCAGGUUCGAAAGUUCCUGUGUGCAGAACAGAACGCUGGGGUAAGGGUGGGAGUGGGGUGCUAAAUAUUUCUACUAGGCUCCUGCAAGGCUAGUGAUGGGUCGGGGCCCCCUGGCCGGCGCUCGCCCGGGUUCUGUGCCUAAGAGUUGGCCGUGAGCGACCACCGCCGCCGGGAGCCUGGGUCUAGGCUCUCCCGACAAGGAUUCCAAGGCGAGAACACUGGUGCCUCUGCCUGGGCCAGGGAGGGACUGAAAUCAGAGCAGGGGAGGCGUUUCCCCGCUGGGCUGUCACCCUUAAGGGGCCGGGAGCCGAGGUGGGCGAGCUCGAGAGCAGAGUUGGAGAGGUGGCUGCUGCGAGUUGCAUCGGGCGUUGAGGCGUUUGAUGUCUGCACCGUUUAUCUACCAGACGACGAGGCGAUUUAUGCAACAGUAUCCUGUUUCAGCACUGCCAAGGCUAUGCGAGAACGCAGCCAGGACAGCCUGGCAGGACUCGUGCUGUAUGUAGGACUCUUCGGGCACCCCGGGAUGCUGCACAGGGCCAAGUACAGCCGCUUUCGGAACGAGUCGAUCACGUCCUUGGACGAAGGUAGCUCCGGAGGCUCGGUCGGGAACAAGGGCUCACCGCAGCCUCCCCACCCCGCCCUGGCACCUCACCUGCCGGCUGAAGAUGCCGCCUUGCCGUCGCAGGAGAGCCCCACCCCACUGUGCACCUUGAUCCCCCGCAUGGCGAGCAUGAAGCUGGCCAACCCGGCCACGUUGCUGAGUCUGAAAAACUUUUGCCUGGGUACCAAAGAGGUGCCUCGGCUGAAGCUCCAGGAAAGCCGGGACCCAGGUUCCAGCAGUCCCUCUUCCCCAGAAACCAGUCUAAGUAGGUCUGGGACUGCACCUCCACCGCAGCCGGACCUGGUGAGCCACAGGGCAACCGCCCUAACCCCUGAUUCGUGCCCGCUUCCUGGCCCUGGGGAGCCACCCCUUAGGAGCAGGCAGGACAGGCACUUUCUGCAGCACCUGUUGGGGAUGGGCAUGAACUACUGUGUGAGGUACAUGGGCUGCAUUGAAGUGCUGCAAUCAAUGAGGUCACUGGAUUUUGGAAUGAGAACCCAAGUUACAAGGGAAGCAAUAAGUCGCCUGUGUGAAGCUGUCCCCGGGGCAAAUGGAGCCAUUAAAAAGCGAAAGCCUCCAGUUAAGUUCCUAUCAACAGUUCUUGGCAAAAGUAAUCUUCAGUUUUCAGGAAUGAAUAUAAAACUGACCAUCUCAACAUGCAGUCUCACACUGAUGAAUCUUGACAACCAACAGAUUAUUGCAAAUCAUCAUAUGCAGUCUAUUUCGUUUGCCUCUGGAGGGGAUCCUGAUACUACAGACUAUGUUGCCUACGUAGCUAAAGAUCCAGUUAAUCAACGAGCCUGUCACAUAUUGGAAUGCCACAAUGGAAUGGCCCAAGACGUCAUAAAUACCAUAGGGCAGGCUUUUGAACUCCGGUUUAAACAGUACUUGAAAAAUCCUUCUUUAGAUACGUCUUGUGAAAGUGAGGAGGUGCGUAUUGAUAGCCAUGCCGAGGAGAGCGAAGAUCAUGAAUAUUACAAUGAAAUUCCAGGGAAGCAGCCACCAGCCGGUGGUGUUUCCGAUAUGCGGAUCAAAGUUCAAGCCACGGAACAAAUGGCUUACUGCCCCAUACGGUGUGAAAAGUUGUGCUAUUUGCCUGGAAACUCCAAGUGCAGCAGUGUAUAUGAGAACUGUUUAGAACAAAGCAGGGCAAUAGGUAAUGUCCAUCCAAGAGGGGUGCAGUCCCAGCGAGAUACCUCAUUAUUGAAGCACACGUGCCGAGUAGAUCUCUUUGAUGACCCCUGCUACAUUAAUACACAGGCUCUUCAAAGUACACUUGGCUCUGCUGGAAAUCAAAGCUCAGCCCAACCACUGGGGAGCCCUUGGCACUGCGGAAAGGCACCAGAAACUGUUCAGCCGGGUGCCACAGCCCAGCCUGCCAGCUCACAUUCUUUGCCACACAUUAAGCAGCAGCUGUGGAGUGAAGAAUGCUAUCAUGGCAAGCUGAGCAGGAAGGCGGCAGAGAGCCUCUUGGUAAAGGAUGGGGACUUUUUGGUUCGAGAGAGUGCAACCUCCCCCGGCCAAUAUGUGCUGAGUGGACUACAGGGAGGCCAAGCAAAACAUCUUCUUCUGGUGGAUCCUGAAGGCAAGGUGAGGACCAAGGAUCAUGUAUUUGAUAACGUCGGCCACCUUAUCAGAUACCAUAUGGAUAACAGUUUGCCAAUCAUCUCUUCUGGAAGUGAAGUAAGCCUUAAACAACCAGUGAGAAAAGAUAAUAAUCCAGCACUUUUGCAUUCCAACAAAUGACAGUAUUGAAGCACCGUCACACUGAUAUUUCAAGAAACCCCAUUUUGUAUUAGGACACAAAGAUAAUUGAAACUUUGUUUGUAGAUAAAAUAGAGCACAAACUGUCAAGUGCAUCUUUCCGAGACCAUCAUGGACCAGGUCCUCUAUCAAAUGAAGAACUACCAAAAAUUGAUCUUCAGUAAUGAAAAUCAGAAAAGAGGAAGAGGGUUGGUCAUUUUAAAAGAAAUUAUAUGUAUGCACGGAUGUCACUUUUUAAGGCCAUAUUGCAUUGAUCACAAGCUAAAAGCACAACUAAAAUUUCACAUGCUAACGACAACUUGAAUGAACUGCUGGGGCAGUGGUAUGUGCCUUUCAACUUGAUAAUUUGGGGACAUUUUCAUAUUGGGAGAUUAAUUCUAAGUAUCUUCAUGUUCUAUGACUACAGAACCAUUUGCCAAAAAAAAAAAAAAAAAAAGCUUUUCUUGCUACAAAAAAUAAGCAUUUUUCUUGAGCCUUAUUGACUUUAUUACAUUUUCUGUUUAGUAGCGUUUUUCACUGCAAUGUUAAAAUAAAUAUGACAUUGAAUUUGAACUGUGUGGAUGUCAGUGGAAUCAAAUCAAAAGCCACUCACGUGGCUGUCUGUUUCAUUGGACCGUCCCAUUUGCUGGUUAAAAGGAUUGGGGCCCAAAUUCUCUGGCCUAGCAUUUCUCAGUGUUUGCUAUUCAGACUGUUCAGAUACAGCAUGUGACAAGCUGAAGAGGCCAAAUCUAUCAGUCAUUUCUGAUUGCAUUAUAUUCUUCCCCUCUUCCUGCUAUAACAAAACAAAACAAAACAAAACAAAAAACAAAAAAACAAAAAAAACCUCAUGAGUGCUUGGAUUUAAAAGAUGGCAAACAAAACCAGUAUUCUUCAUAUUUACUAUUCAAAUUGGUUUCAUUCUUAGUAAAAGUACAGAAUUUAUUUGAAAUUAUAGGAAAAUUUCUUCUUGAUUGGCUGACACUGAAUCAUAGUUUCUCACCUACAUACAUCCUUAGCACCUUGUAUACAUAUGAUCAGACAAAAUGCAGAAAGAAAAAAAAACAUAUUGAAUGAAGCACUUGGAAAGAUUUGCCACAUGUAGACCAACUGAUAAACUAACAGAGUGAUUAAGCAUGGUGUACAGAAAAGCAUGACGCUGAGGCUUAUCAGUGUUACCUUCAGCAAGUUGCUGAAUCUGUUUGGUUUCCAGUUUCCUUGGCAAUAAAAUGAGCUAAAUGGGGUAGGGGAAUUUGGAGGACUACUUCAGUCCUAACUUAGUACAAGUCUCUACAAAGCAAGUUUUUCAUUUGUUCAAGGUCGUUAUUGAUAACCAGUCUGUACAGUUAAGGUAAAAAAUUAAGCUUUUCUUCUAUAGUCUGUGUCCAUACUCACAGAAUGAAUGGCACACCUGAGAUCAACAUUCACAAAAUUGAGACUCCAAACCAUUUGGUCUAAAACAUUGAAACUUUGGAAUAAUAUAGGGAAUGAUGAUAAAAGUGGAUUUGGUUUGAGUAGCAGAAAACUACUUCUGUCCUUUUCUUGCCUUUGCAAGAAAAAUGGUUUUUUUUUUUGGUGUGUUUUUUGUCUGUUUUAAAAAAUCUUGAGUUAUCUGGAUAUUGCCUUAACUCCAUUUCAUUUUGGCUAUGUAGAUACAACUUAGUCUUUGUGAUUGUGAUAUAUUUGCUAAGUUUUAAAUAAAACUUCUUUUGGAUAGAAAUCAUUAGAAACCAAGCAUACUCUAAUAUUUUACUGUAAAGGCUUAUGAUUUUUAUUUCUACUGCCAUUAACUUUUUAGAUGGAUUUGUUUCCUCUUAUACAACUAGAAUUAAUGUACUUUUCACCAAUUUUCCAUAUACCUUAGGUCUUGAUCAUUUGUCCUUAAAAAGGGGAUCAGCAUGGGUAUAGACAUUAGAAAUGUAUGGGUAGUCUAACCACUUUUAUCCGACACAGAGCAGGGCUGUGGUCUCAGUCUAGCUGAGCAGAGUAUUAACUUGGUAGCAAGAGUUCCUGAUACAAAUAGAUGCAAUGACUGUAAAUGGUGUCAGCAGUACACAUGGAUAAUCAGUAUUUGACUGUAAUAGUAUAGUAGUUAAAUACGGUACUUAAAAAUACCACAGACACAGUUAAAACAAAAGGAAACAAUAAAAGGAAUGUCUGCAUGCUAUUUUAAUCUCACAUUCUUUAUCUGUCUUAAAGUGGAAAUCCAUUUGCCUACAAAUACCUGUAAAUGACUUUAAAAAAUAAAUGAUUAUUGCUUUGUGACAAUUGA